AUGGCCUCUCAAACAAGUCCUCAAAAGGAUUCGCUCGGACACUUUCAAUCCAAGGUGAGGCACCCAAAGGGCCCUGAGAGAGACAAUGCCCUGACCGAUCGACUAUUCCUCCACAGUGAGACUCAGUUGCGGAGUCGCUUGAAAAAAUGGGGUGUCACCAAGCUAUCCCGUCGUCGCAGUCAGAACAAGUUUAUCAUGAGUCACUGUGAAGACCUGAGCAAUGAAAGUUGCUUCAAGUCGCCUGUUUACAGUGGGGACGACAUGGCACAUUCAGCAUCUACAAGCCACUCUACUACGAAGGACGAUUUCUAUACACCCGAAAGGGGUGAUACUAUGCAUGAAACGCAAACAGCAAGUGGAAUUAUCCCUCAUGAUUCUUUCCAUUCUUCUGCCUCAGCCAUGUCAGCAAACACCCCAUCAUGGGAGUAUCAUCACAUUUCCCCUGGAUACCAUUCACGGUUCAUACAUCCUGCUCUCGACUAUUACAAUCCAGCCAUGGAGCAUCCAAAAGCGGAACUAACAUCCUCUCAAUGGCCGAUGACAAUGAGCUAUGGCAUGUUACCAGAGAAUGUGACCCAUGACUCUGCUGCGCGAAUCUACACUACUGCACCCUCCGGAAUGUUCAUGCACCAACCAGACCUGGUCACGCCUUUUCCUCCUCAGUCGGAUUGGUUUCACCCUCCGGAGUGCCAAUUAGUUUAUCAGCCAUCAUAA